CAAUUUGAGCUCGAUUGCUGUAGGGCAGAUUCUUACGUUCGAUAUCUAUGAUAAGUUCAGAUAAAACCAUAUAGAAUUUUUAUCAAAUUUUUAUAGAUCAUUUCUUAUCUUUGAUAAGAUAUAGAAAAUGUGUAUGAUAAAACGCAUAUGGAAGCAAUAAGUUAUGUCAAAGUUGAGUUGAAAUUUAUUUACACAGAUACCACGUGCUUAGUAGUACCCUCAUAGAAUAUGUUAUAAGUAAAUAAUCAUUUCGAGAACCAUUUUGAAAACCAGUGAACCAUUGCUCCAACAAAACACGAUAGAAUUUCUAAACGGUUGGAAGAAACGUAUAAAUCAACAAACAUUGCGUUAUCCACCUAUCGACGAUGGACUACUUAAUUUAUUCCACGACCGCACUUAUAAUAAUCCUCAGCCUCUUCUACGCGAACGCCAAGUACAGGUUGUCAUACUGGAGUAGACGCGGGGUGAAAAGCCCACCGACGCAUCUGCUCUUCGGUAAUUUCAAAGACUGCAUCACUAUGAAGAAGCCUCCGGCUAAGAUAUUAAGCGAAAUAUACAACAGCGCCGACCCGAACGAUCCCUACAUUGGCUUUUAUAUCUUCUAUAAACCCAUGCUGCUUCUACGAGAUCACGACCUGAUCAAACAGAUGAUGAUCAAGGACUUUGAUGUCUUCGCGAAUCGGCGAUUUGGUUCGGGCCUCGAGAGGGACAUGGCAGGCAUGACCAGCCUCCUAUCCAUAAAGCAGCCAAGAUGGAAAUACCUCAGGGCCAAGCUGACUCCAACCUUGACAGGACAGAAACUGAAAAAUAUGAUGCCGCUGAUGGUAGAAUGCGGAAAAUCUAUGUUGAAUUUCAUCGAGAAAUUGCCAACGGCAGACGAGGCUGGACGAAGAGAAUGGGAAGCUAAGAAUCUCGGUGCUCGUUAUUCUAGCAGUGUCAUAGCUUCGCUGAUGUUCGGCAUCAGCAUAAAUUCAUUCGAUGAAAAGGAAGCUGCCUUCGUAAAAAACGGUUUGAAGGUCUUCGAAGGAUUGAAGGGCGCCAUUGUAUUCAUUAUUCUCUUCUUCUUUCCCGAAUGGGAUUUCUUAGUUGCACCGUUUGUUAAACGACACGCGAAUUAUUUUCGCGAGAUUUUCUGGGAUUCCAUGAAUAACAGAGAAAAGCUGGGGUUUAAGAGAGGAGAUAUGAUAGAUUCCAUGUUAGCAUUCAAAAAUGGAGAACAGAAUCCCAUUUACAAGUUUGAAGGUGACAAUUUACUGGCACAUCCCACAAGUUUGUACCUUGCCGGAUUCGAAGCUACCGCGACUACAAUUGCUUUUGCCCUAUAUAAUCUGGCGCGUCACCCGGAGCACCAAAACACUUUAUACAACGAGAUAAAGACAUACCUGUCUGGAAAAGAAUUGACCAUGGAUUUGAUUAAUGAGCUAUCUUUCUUGGACAGCGUCAUAGCUGAAUCAAUGAGACUGCACCCUCCAAUACCCCAUACUGAUAGAAUAGCUGCACGGAACUAUAAGGUACCAGGCACUGAAUUAAUAAUCGAAAAGAAUGUUCCAGUGUAUUUUUCUAUAACUUCGACGAAUGAAGAUCCCAAAUACUUUUCUAAUCCACAAAACUUUAUUCCGUUAAGAACAAAGAACAAACAGUUUUAUGAAUUCUUGGCAUUCGGUGUUGGACCCCGAUCGUGUAUAGGACUGAGAUUUGCUCUUUUAAUUGUAAAAAUAGCGUUAACUACGAUUCUCUCAAAAUACAUUGUGUCUUAUGAAACGGAUAAAAAACAUACUUCACGUAACAAUGAUGCUUUUCACGUAUUAACAUAUGUGGCUAAUGGACUAUAUGUGAAAUUCAAGAAACGUAAUUAAAAAUAGCGUUUUUUUUACCAUCCUUGGACUUAAUGAAACAAGUCUAUCCAAAUUAUUAUAGUUCACAAAUAAGAAAAAAUUUAAAGAUUUAUUAUUUAAAACUUUAGAAAUAAGUGAAAUAUCAAAUAUGUCAAUGUAUAUUAAAUUUCUCUUUGUGAAAUAAACCAUUAAUCU